AUGAUAGGUUUUCCUCCCCGCUGGGCCACACUACAUCCCAGUAACUGGACGUCGGUGGAAUUGGCCGGCUGGCUGGAGUAUGUAGCGGAGGAAUACAAGAUGGACUCCGAGGUGACGGGGAGCCUGGUGGACAGUUUCCAGGAUCUGGACGGACGGAGGCUGCUUCAGAUGUCCCAGGACGACUUCCGCGCCAUCAGUGAACAACAUGGAGAAUUUUUGUUCGAAAUUUUUAAACAAAUGUGUUCAGCAGAGAAUCAGUUUGCCGGGAUGACGUCAGCGACACUACUGCCCCCUAUAACGGAGAGUAGCCGGUCAGCCACGCCCUCCCCGACGGGGUCCCGGGAAAGUACAGAGGGGGACAAGGAUCUUCAAGAAAAACAAAAGGAUUCAUCAAAUAAAUAAAUUCAAAAUAAA